AUUUUGGCUCGAGUCGUCCACGGGGACAGUACGCGACAUUACCCUCGCCCCCACCUCUGUCUUUAGCAUAGCGCCCGUGCUGAAACAUGACCGACUCAAUAGGGGUUGGCAGCAUCUCGCAGUGUUCAGUACGUCGACGUUCGACAACCGGUGAAUUGGACCAACGUCACCGUACAGAAUUCCAACUACCAUGGCAUGAUUCACCGGUCAGAACCAGGUAAUUUGCAUAACAAGUUUCAAGUUCAGACGGUUCAGACGACGAUUUUUCGAGUCAGGACCAUGCGGGGUCCGACAGAGGCACACUUAACGAUUGCAACAAUUUUUUUGUGAGGACCAUGCGGGAUCCGACAUUUCCACAUUUAAUGGCCGUAAUGUUUUCGACGUGUUCGAGGUCACGAAGCUGACAGAGUUCAACACCAGCACGCGCUUCAGCAAGUAUGGACGAGUCAUGGUUGUAGCUUUGAGCAGUAUGAGCUCAGCGUCCUGCUUGAUCCACUGGCUGCUGGUUCCACAGGACUGGAACCCAAGGUAUUUUAUCCCACGGGGUGCAUUUACUUCGCGCUUUGCGUGAUCCUCCCUAUGCUGACGAGACAUAGGCACGUUCAGUUGGAGCGGACGCUAAGCGUUGCAAACCGCUACGAAAUUAACCUGAAUCCCUGUAAUGAGAACAUGUUAUUCGCCUAUGUUCUGUGGUCGGUUGCUUUCGUAUUGGGUAUGCUUGCGCCCGUACUAAUGUGGUUGCCCCGAUUGUACGGAGAUGACAGUGAGAAGCAAAUGCAGAUUGGCUUUUGGACUGAGGUCAGCGUCUUCACUUGGUCCAUCAAUAUGCUUUGCAUUGGACCUUCCAGGGUGGAAGAGAUCGGAACACAAGCCGCAGAAGGAAUUAUCGCAGGUGUCGUUAAGGAGAUGGCCAACAUGAGAACCGAGAAAAUCAGUUGGAAAAGGGUGCUGAACAAAGUGAAGGCGACCGAUUACUUGCUGGCGGACACCUUCCAGUGGAGUUGCCUCGGAAAUUGAUAGUCGUUCGUGUCUCGAUGCUCUUCUUGCUCGCAGUGGGAUUCGGUUCUGUCGGAAUUGUCCACCGCAAUGAAACUACUAGGAAGGGCGCAAUGCUUUGCGGUCUGCUGUCAGCGAUGUGUGGCUGUGCUAUUUUGGCCCGCUUGGCACUCGCCAGCCAGAAGUGCAAUAGCACAAGGCCUGGAUCAGGUAACCUUGCGGCAACAUUGAUCCAGAAAAUGGUUGAGCACACGUUCGGAGAAGAGCUUGGCAUCGCUCGGACGUGUGCGUUUUUUCCUCAGCGAGGACCAUCGAGGAGCAUCCUUGACCA